AUGCCUCCAUUGCGCCCAGUCCGACAAAGAUCAAACCGAGCAUGUCUCGCCUGUCGCCAACGAAAGAGAAAAUGCGACGGAAAAUUGCCAUGCAGCACAUGCACAGGAUAUGGCUAUGACUGUGACUAUGACUCUACCAAUUCAAGAAAUGCAGUCCAAGGCCCAUCCAGGUCGCAGGCCAAACCACCUGCGUCUGAGCCCAACCUCAAGGGAACAUCAUCAGUUCCUUCGGGAAUCCUCGAUUCCACCAAAUCUCGAUAUGUCGGCAGAUACUCUUCUGUUGCCUUUCCGCUCUGCGUGGGACUAGAGAUGCAGGCAGCGAAGCCUCCGCGACUGCAUUCUUUCGGCUAUCACACUGGCAUCCGGAAGGAGCCUGAUUCAACAGCCAGCCUUAGAAUUGCUAAGCGAAUGCCAUGGAAUACGGCUAGAACGUUGCUGGAAUAUUUCUUCGCCACUAUUCAUCCGGUAUUUGGAUUCCUUGACAAAGACGGUUUUUAUGAGCGGUGUGAAACACAUUGGCAUGGUCAACCGCAGACCCCUGAUUUCGAAGCUAUUGUCUGCGGUGUGGUUGCACUUGCUUCGUUGUUCAAUGGAUCCCUAGACCAAGGCGAAGAAAUGUGGUUGAUCUUGCACGCAAAAGAAAUCCUAGAGGAUCCUUUUGUCAGCCGGUUUCCAUCCAUCGAUCAAAUAGCAGCAUGGAUUUUGAGGACAAUCUACCUCCGUGCCACUACCCGACCACAUGUGGCUUGGAUUUGCAGUUGCACUACAAUGCAUCUUGUGGAGGCCACAGGGCUGAACCAGGCACCACAACUCGUCAUGUUGACAACUAACAAGGGCGCUCAGGACUCUACGCCGGAAUUGUCUGACAUUUUGAAAAGAACUGCACGUGUUGCACAUUCUUUGCAUAUCGUAAUAGCAUACGAAUACGGUCGAUCUGUUAUGAACCUCGAAUUUCCAUCCCAGGAGGCUUUGCCCCUAUCAGAUCGCGCGGGGGAUUUCACUCCUUGCUUAUGCAGCCUCGUUGAAGCUGUGCCAUUAACCCCGAUGGGUACAGACUCUAUGGCAACAAUGCAGGACCUAUCAUCGGCUAUUAAUAAACUCGCAGACACACCUGCCAGUCACAAUUUCCUUGUUCUCGUCCGAGCCGAUCUGAUCUUCUCCAUAUACCGCCGUCUGCGUUUGUUAGAGCCAAAUAUACGACAAAUUCUGCUUGAUGAGGUGAUCUGCGCAGGCAUGUCUGCUUUACCUGCGGCUCGUGCACUUGCAAGUCAAAACUUGCCGUGGUGGAAUAUCAUCAGCACUGUAUUUCAAUUCGUCUGCGUUCUUUUGGCUAUUGAUACCCAUGCAAGUGUCACCAAUCUACCUGACGCAAUGGAUACUUUGGGGAUGAUCGUGGACCAACUGAAAACGCACCUCGCCACUGAAGCUCUAGCCACUGCCCGAAAUCUUGUGCGAGCUUCACUGGAUCGAAGACGUAAGGGUGUUGGGAUCCUGGAGAGCAUUGUUGGAUCAACCGCUUCAGAUGAUGCAGUGGAAGGUCCGGAUUCUGAUCUGCCACAAAACUUGGACUUUUCGACGUCUUUCCCAUAUUAUCAACAUCCCGUUGAUUUGGAUUUCUUGUUAAAUAUGGACCUUCUUAAUUGA